AUGCAAGUUACUUUGGUCUCCCUAAGCCUCAGUUUACUCACCGAGUGGGGCGGGGCGGCCCUGGGACCCCCGACGGGUGGUGUUGAUUUGGGCACCACUCGCAGCCCCCGCGGGAAGGGGGCGCUGGGGCUUCCUCGCGUCCUGGCCUCGGCGCUGGUGGCCAUUCCCGCGCGGGCUCCGCGCUCCGAGCGGCCAGAGGCGGGGCCGCGCCGUGUGCACCUGGGGGAGCGCGGGGCAGCACCGGGCGACGGCGGCGUGGCACGGGACGCGCCCCUGACCUCGCCCGUUCUCUCACAGAGCGGAGUCGGCCCGACGGCCAGUCGCGGGCGCAAACGCCGGCACCUCGGAACUGGCCGGGACCCGGCGGCGCAGUGGGGGCGGCUGGCUCUGGUGGACCGAAACCCCGAGCCGGCCCACAGGGGCCUGGGGAAGAGCGGUUCCCGAGAGCGCCCCGGGGCCGCUCCUCACGAGGAGCGGGCGAUGGAAGGAGACGGCCGCGCACAGCGCGCAGGCCGCAGCCACCGAUCGCACGGCCGCGAGCACAGACGCGAGCAGCACAGACACCCCUCCGAUGUCGCGAGGCCCCGCCGCGGGUCCCACGGCCGGGAGAGGGGCGAACACAGGAGGCAGCGCCGCGGGGGUUCCCCAGCUUAUUCUUCGGAGCAGGGAUAUUCUGGUUACUGCCGGUCCCCUCCACGGCCUACGCGUCCCCGUCUGAUGUCCGGGGACCGUCACAGACGCCCGGCCGAAGCCCACGUUGCACAGCGGAGGCCUGGAGGAGGCCCCUCGGCUGCCCCUCGGGCCAGACUGGGUCUCGGCCAAGACGGCCGCCUGGGCGCACCCCAGGGGAGAAGGGCUGGGAGUUUAAGCAGGGGGCACCAGUCUUCCCACAAGGACAAACGCGCGGUGGGUGCCGAGGGACACGAGAAGUCCUCUGCUUUGACCAGCCAGAAAUCAGGCCUGGCCUCGUCUAGAGAGGAAAGCCCGCGGCCUCUCUCCCUCUCCCGGGGCAGCGCAAAGGAGAACCCGCCCUCUGGUGGUGUCAAGAAGGAGAAGGAAGGAGGGGGCCGCGGCAUCCAGUUUCCACUUCCCUUCAGACAACCUUUAGACCUUAAAAAGAGAAAGCACGAAGACUCAGAGAAAAUCAAACUGGACAAAGACAAGCAAAGUCUCAACUGCUUAGACAUUACAGAGGGGACAAGAGGCCUGUUACCCAAGGUGAAAGAGAAGGUUUCCAAUAACCAAAAGAUUCAAGAAGGGAAAGUAAGACCUCCUCGUUUGGAUGGAAAGGCAGAGGGCUCCCUCCCUGAAGUUAAGAAAGCAGUUAUGGAUAAUGAAUUCAGGCCACCCACCAUGUCUUUUGAGUCAUACCUCAACCAUGACCAGCCUAGGGAGAAAAAGAAAAAGAUUAUGAAAACUUCACCCACUGCUCUUAAAGAAAAAGGGCCUAAAAAACAUGAUUCAAGUGAAAACUUGGACUUGGUUCAGGAACUACCUGAGGUGAAUGGAAACAGAUCAGAGAAGCUGCCCCCAUCUGGAAACGACUGGGCCAAGCUGAAAAAGGUCCCCACUGAUGCACUAGUGUGGCCAGACCCCCCAUUACGCAGGGUCCAGGCUAAUUACCGUCCACUUCCUGCCUCGGGGUUGAUGUCCUCUUUCCGACCAAAGCAAAAAGUACUGUCUUCACCCCAGGAAGAGGAAGAAGUUGGAUUUACUGGACGCAGAAUGAAUUCUAAGAUGCAAGUGUUUUCUGGCUCCAAGUGUGUCUAUCUCCCCAAAAUGAUGACCUUGCGCCAGCAAUGCAUCUGGGUACUUAAAAACAACAUCAGUUCACUCUUUAAAGUGGGAGGAGUCCCAUAUUCGGUUCUUGAACCCAUCUUGGAGAGCUGUGCACCUGAUCAGCUGUAUCGCAUAGAGAAAUAUAAUCAUGUACUAGUCCAAGAAACAGAUAAAUUAUGGAAAACUCACUGUCAUCAAAACUUUAGUAAAGAAAGGCCAAAGGAGCAUGAGUCAUGGCGAGAGAUGUACCUGCGGCUUCAGGAUGCCCGAGAGCAGCGACUUCGAGCACUGACCGAGAAUAUCCAGUCUGCACACGCCAGUAAGCCUAAAGGCCGACAAGCAAAGAUGAUCCUUCUCAACUCUCUGGCCAGGCUACCUUCUGAUGUUCGAAGGAAGCACGGAAAGUUUGAAACAGGAGAAGCAGCUGUCCCUGAAAAAGUCAAGAUCAAGCCAGCCCCGUCCCCCACAGGAACCAGCCGUACUCCCUCCAGCAGCAACAGCCUUAACCUCACCCAUGAGAAGCCAGCCCAUGCCAGCUCAAGCACCACCAGUACUCACUCGCCGCGGGUGGUCAGCGGCAGGAAACCUAUGAAGAAAAUCGCCCCCAUGAUGGCCAAGGCAAUUAAAGAUUUCAAGAACAGGUUCUCCCGACGAUAA